AUACAUUGUCCGGCCGAUCAACUGCACACAACCACUGUGAUUUACCCAUUCAUGCGCUGGGCAAUGGAUAUAGUCGGUCCUAUGCCAAGUUCUCAACAAUGAUGCUUCCUGCUCGUUAUGAACGAUUACUUCAAAAAGUGGGUGGAGGCCGAGGAAGUCAUCCAAAUCAACGAUAAAGAAGUAUAAGGAUUCGCCUGGCAGAACAUCAUCUAUUAGAACAACCUUCCUUACAAGAUCGUCACCGAUAACGGCUCACAUGUCACUUCGAAAAGUUUAUGAGGAUUCUGCGACAGAUGGAAAAUCCAUCUCAGUACAUGGACACCGAGAUACCCACAUGGCAACGGCCUGGCCGAGGCGACCAACAAAGUAAUCAUGGAUGGCAUCAAAAAACAACUCGACCUUAAGAAGAGUUGUUCGGUAGAUGAACUGGACAGGGUUCUGUGGACAACCCCAAGAGGCUUGACCAUAAAUAACCCCCUUCUCCUUGGCCUACAGAGUCAAAGCAAUGGCCCCAGCCAAAGUCAACGUGACUCUCCAAGCUAAAAUUUCUCGGAACGUCAAGGUCAACAAAGAGAUGAUGCUAGACUUUCUAGAUGAGAUCAAGGAACGAUGCCACCAAGCCUUAUUAUAAAUUAAGAAUUACCAACAUCAGAUCAAAAGCUAUUUUAACAAAAAAACUUCUUAAUAAAGUUUGUUGGAAAAAUUUGCUAAUGAAAUCUGACAUCUGAAAGAUAUGCAUAUAAAAAAAUUCAAACAAAAAACUUCAAAAAUAUAUAUUUUAACUUAAAUAAGAAGAAAACAAGCACGUGAAUAUAUGGUUUUAUUGAAUUUUAACAUUAAAAAUAAAAAUAUACUUUACAGUGUUUGAAACUAUACCUUUUACAACUAAAAUAAUAACAGAACCAUGUAUAAUCAUAAUGAGUUUGAAUAUAUAGUUGUAUUUGGUUUAAAACACACAAACAAACAAAAACAAAAAAAAAAUAAAGAUUUAUGUCAUAUUUUUUAGAGAGAAAUAUGAAACCAUUAAAAACAAAUUUAAGCUAAAAUAAUAAUAAAACAAUAAAAUAAUGUUGAAUUUAUAAAUUUAUUUUGAUUUAACAUACAAAAAUAAUUGGUGAAAAAUGUAAUCUUACCAAUUUUUCAGUUUCCAGAAUUCUAGUGCGUUACAUUUUAACAGACUUCUUGAGAAAUCUGUUAAUGAAAUCUUCUAAUGAAGUUCAAAGUCGGAUAUAUCAUCUUCAUACUUGAAAAAUCUGCAUAUCCAAAACGUUUAAAAUAGAUUCAAAACAGAGAAAAACUUAAAAAAAUAUAAUUUUAUGCUUGAAUAAUAAGAAAUCUAACACAUUAGUGAAAUAUAUAGUUCUAUUCAAAUCUAACAAGCAAAACACACAAAAAUACAUAGAUAAACUUAUAAAUUUUACCUUUUAUGAAUGGACGAUGAAAAUCAUAGAAGAAAAAAUUGUAAAAAAAUAAGAUAAAAUUGUGAGAAAACAGUAGACAUAAAGAUGAGAAAUUGACAUGAGGGUUUGUGUCUUUAAGUUCAAAGAGAGUUGAGAGAGAUUAGUGAGUUUUACAGAGAAAAACAUUACACUUUGGUUGAAACCAUUUGAGAGAAAGAAAAAAAAAUGUAAAUUUUCUAUAUUUAAAAGACAAAAAAUUAGUUAGAUUAAAAGAUUUGAAGUAGAAGUUUUCUAGUGUACUACAAUUUAGCAAACUUCUAAAAAAUUCUGUCUACUAAUACAUUACAGUUAAGAAAAAAUUAUCAAAAUUUCCCAACUCUAAAUUUACCAUAUGUUCAAUAAGACUUCUUUAAGUCACGCCACUUCUUAAUAGACUUAUUCAGAAGUAUCCUACUCUUAAACUCGAAAAUAAUAUAGUUUAACUAGAUAAUAAUAAAUAUUUCAUUAAAUUUAAAAUCAACUUUAAAAGUGUAGUAUAUACAAAACUGAACAUUUAUAUGUCAGAUUUUAAUUUCAAAAAAAUUAUUCAAGAUUUAAAAAUCUAACCCUAAAGUUAUAAACAUUACUUGAAUAUAUGUUACCAAUCCCUAACCAAUAGACAACAAUGACUUACAAUUUAUGCUCACUCAGAUGUGGAAAACAACUUUAUUUUGCAUGAUUCCAUCAAAAUAUCUUUUCAAAAUUUUAUAAAUUAAUUUUAAAAUUAAAUACAUGAAUAGACUUCUCGAAUUCAGUGUUUCAAAAAUAUUUCCUUGAGUUAUAAUCGUAAAAGUGUUUAUAGAAUUUGUUUCUUUGGCAUAAAACUAGGGGUAAUAUAGUUUUUACUAUUUUUAGAUUAUUUUCCAUCUGAUUGAAUUUAUAAAUUUGCAUUGAAAUUUAAAUUUUAGGUUAUUUUAAAUAAUUUGCCUAGUUAUAUAUAUAUAUAUAUAUAUAUAUAUAUAUAUGUAUAUCAAUCUAUUGAAAUAAAACACAUUUUGUAUUCAGCACCAAAAUUCAGAUUUAUUUUUACCAAUUAUAUUGACCACAAAAGAGAAAGGAGAAGAAAACAAAAUUAACCAACAAAACUUUCUAUGAGAAAUGGCAAACGCAUAACAAGCCAGUGAAAAAAACGAGACCGAAACUCCACGUGUUUGCAUGCAUGGGCCUUUGCAUCCGGAACUUGUCUCCAUUUGUUUCACCCUUUCCUCUCCCUCUUUCACCACACACACCUCUCUCCUCUCCGAUAUGGCUGACCGAACAAGCCCUAGCCACAUCCAACAAAGACCCUACGGCUCAACCAUCGCCCCUCCUCGCGGCAACAACAUUAACCAUCCAAUCGCAUCUUUCCUCCGUCAGCUACAAUCACAAUCUCCUGAGCACUCCCGCCAGCGCUUCGGCCUCCUUGUAUUCUUUAUCUCCGGUGGAAUCCUCCUCUUACUCACCGGAAUUACUGUGACAGCUUUCGUCCUUGGAUUCAUCGCUUUCCUUCCAAUCAUUAUCAUCUCAAGCCCUAUAUGGAUCCCUCUCUUCCUCCUCGUUACAGGAUUCUUGUCUGUUGCCGGAUUCCUAUUCAGUACGGCGGUUGUUAUGUCGUGGAUGUACCGGUAUUUUAAAGGCAUGCACCCGGUGGGGUCGGAACAAGUGGAUUAUGCUCGGAGUCGGAUCUAUGACACGGCGGCUCAUGUUAAAGAUUAUGCUGGUGGGUACUUCCAUGGUAAGCUGAAAGAUGUAGCACCUGGUGCAUGAAUAGCUUUACCGGUUACGGUUUGGUUCCAUGUAGAAAUUAAUCUUUUAUGUUUUCAGCUAUGUUGUUUUUGUUUUGUCUCUCUUUUGGUAUGGACAUCAAUGAUGUAUAAUGAGAUCGAUAUAAACCUCUGAAAUGUCUUUGAAAUUAACAGUUAUGUUGUUGUCAAUAGCUUUA